GAGGGACAAGGGGCAGAAGCUGUCAAGCUCUGGCUGUACCUUCUCAGGCUUGCUUUUGUAUUAGCUACAGCCAUGCACACCCUGUAUGCUAACUCUGGGUGCCGGGCUCUGCCAGGGACCAGAGAGGACGAGGAGGAGGAGGAUGAUGAUUAUGAGAACUCGGCACCACCCUACAAGGACCUUCCUCCAAAGCCAGAUUCAGGGGCUCCACGAAGACCUCCAAGGGCAGGAAAGGUAACAGAACCACCCCCACGUCCCUGCAAACCCCUGGCAAUCAGAGGUCUGGAGCUCACUCCUGUCACCCACACAUCUCAACAGGGUGAGCUGUGGGAAGACCCUUUGAGAAGGCGGAGAGGAGACACCUUCCUCCAGUCCCCCAAUUCGGGCAUUGCUCUGGAACGUCCUCCAGUCCAGCCAUCGCAAGCCACAACUCCAGUGCCCUGGCUAGAUCAGAAGUCUGGGGGUCCUGGGUGCCACCAGGAGAAGAGACUCAUGGUGUCCCUAUGUCUGCUGCUGGUGGUGUCACUGCUCCUGAGCUUCACUGGUCUGGCUGUGACCCUGACUAAGUACCGGGAGGUGAUGGAAGAACUGAGGAUGUUAACCUUUCAGCAGAUGGCAUGGCAAGCAAAUAUGACUGGCAUGGCAGGGCUAGCUGGCCUGAAGAGGGACAUUAACCGUGUAACAGCUGACACCAACCAGUCCCUGGCAGAACUCCGGGCCUUAUUAAACUGUACCAGGGUCACCUGUCCCGAGGGCUGGCUCUUGUUUGAAGGCAAGUGUUACUACUUCUCCCUAAGCACCAAGACAUGGGAUGAAGCUCGGAGGUUCUGCCAAGAGAAUUACUCUCACUUGGUCAUCAUCAGUAACGUUGCUGAGCAGAAUUUUGUGUCCAAGGCUCACCACUCCCCACGGGUGCACUGGCUGGGCCUGACUGACAGGGACCACGAAGGGGACUGGAAAUGGCUGGAUGGGUCGCCGCUCACUGUGAGCUUCUGGGACCCAAAGGAACCCAACAACUUGUUUGAUGAGGACUGUGCCAGCAUGAACAAAGGUGGCACCUGGAAUGACCUCUCUUGCAACACACCUACAUAUUGGAUUUGUGAGCGGAAAUGUUCCUGUUAAAUCCUAGGAAUGAGGCUGGUAGGGGUCUGUACCUGAGUGCCCCUUGGCUCCUGGAGAUGAGAACUACCUACCUGUCCAUGGAAGGCCCUGCCUCUCCAUGACCUGUCUUGGAUGCACCUAUGGCAGAAUCGGCAGCCUAGAUGUAA